UCCUAGCAGCUGAUAUUGCUCUAUAUAUAGAGCAGCUUCUUGGGCCUGACCAUUGUAUUACAACUUCACAGAGGAGACACAUGCGUUCUACUUUUCUGUGAUUUAAAGGAACAAAAGAAGUAGCUGCUGUUUUCAUUUUCCUACAGGAAUCAGAAUGAACAAAGCAAAGAUUGUAAGACCAGAAGGAAGCCAGCCAGCACAUGCGCUGUGGUUUGACAGAAAGAAAUACGUCACCAUCAACUUCGUUGUUCAAAAGCCUAAAGAUGUCCAAGUAGACAUCCAGCCAGACAAAAUGAUUUUGUGCUGCAAAAAUGACACCGAUGAUGUCUUCUACAAUGAACUGCACUUUUACGACAAAGUCCAAAUCCAUGACUCUAGAGAGAGAGUGCACGAACGCACCAUCAACAUCUUGUUAAGAAAGAUGAAACCUGACGUUGCAUGGCCUCGUCUUCAGAAGGACCCAGCAAGGCCCUGCUGGAUUUCUGUAGACUUUGAUAACUGGAGAGACUGGGACCAUGAGGAAGAUGAGGGAAAGGCGGAAUACGACCAGUACAUGGAUAUGAUCCAAGAAAUGGCCAGCGGAAACAAAGGAACAGUCCCAGACAUGGGGGACCUCAGUGAUUCUGACUGACAUAGAUGACUCUAACACAUUUGUUGGAGACAGAUGUCCCUAUACUUUGCUUUUGAGAUUUGGUGUCAAGUGAAAGUGAUUAUAUAUAUUUUUAAAUAUAUUUCACAUUUGCGUAUUUGUCUGUUAUGGUGUAUUGUAAUGUACUGUUUGUAUAUUUUAUUUUAAAAGAUUAUUAUUCAACAUAUUACAUUAAAAGUCAAUCAUUUUC